CACAUGGACCACAAACUCAUACAACUAAAGCAAACAAAACAACCCUCAAUCAUCUGCAUUCUUGCAAUGGUUCGCGCGGAGAUCGACACUGGAGCUCCUUUCCGGUCUGUUAAAGAAGCCGUCACUCUCUUCGGCGAGAGAAUUCUUCUCGGAGAUAAUUACAUCAACAAGUCUCUAGAGAUAAACGGAAUUAGAAACAAAUGCAUAGAAGCUGAGCUUGAUGAAGUAAAGGCGAAUCUUAGGAAAGCAGAAGAAGAGAACAAGGUUUUGUCUCAACUUCUCGAAACCCUCACACACGAGCUUGAAACGGCUAAGGAAAAGCUAAGGCACUCGGUCAGAAAAUCCCCUGAAAACCCUCAAGUUGAAGAUGACCUCAAAUUUAUAGAGCAAUCCAGGGUUAUUGAACCGGAUAGAAUAACCGAGAUCAAAGUGAACCGGUUUGACGAAAAUGAGGUGUAUGAUGAGGAUCGUUUGGAGAGGAGGCGUUCGGUGAAGUUUGCGAAUCCACCGUUGUUAACGAAAGUCAUUGAGAGCAAAGAGGAGAAGAAGAAGAACCAAGUUAUGGUGAAGAAGCAGACAAAGAAGAUGAAGCCAUUGGCUGCUUGGCUCUUCGCAAGAAAAUUGGUCUAGUUGACCACUUUUAGAAAUGCUUGUCUCGCGUUUAUAUGCCUUACAUAUUCUGAAAUAAUAACCCCAAAACUAAAAUAGUUCUUACUUUGGGGAUUCAUGCAACUUAAAUUUGUAACAGUUUUCUUGUCGAUUUGUAGCAACUACAUAGACAAACUGGAUCGUGUCAAAUGUUUUUAAGGGAUUUUAGCAUCCGAAAUAUGAAUGAUAAAUAUAAGCAAUC